AUGCCUCCCCCAAUGAAGCGCCGGCGAACAGAGCCCACUGUUGUUGAAGAAAUUACCUUUGAUCCGACUGCGCGUCGUGAAUUUCUGACCGGAUUCCACAAACGCAAGUUGCAGAAGGCGAAGCAGGCACGAGAGGCUGCUGAACGGAGAGCAAGAGUGGAAAGAGUUGAAGAGCGGAAGAGACUGCGAGAACAGAGAAAGGCAGAGCUCGAAAGACACGUCCAGGAAGUUAACGCCAUAUUGAGGCCGCCGUCUGAUCCAGAUGAGGAGGAGGUUAAGGAGGGGAGUGAAAAGAACUCAGAAGAAGAAUGGAGCGGUAUCUUGGACUCGGAGCCCCCUUCCCUCAAUCACGAGACAGAAUAUAUCGACGAAGAGAAGUACACAACAGUGACAGUCGAGGCGAUGAAUGUUACGAGAGAAGGUCUGUUCAAGGCAGAGCAGCGGCCGAACAAGGAUGGCGGGGAAGAGAGGGGAGAGACCACCACAAGGUUAGAAGGUGGUCAGUCGGAGAAGCAAAAGCGCCAAUGGUCAAGAGACCGUCCAAAGGACACAAAAAAGCGCAAGAAGAGGAAUUUCAGAUACGAGAGCAAAGCAGAAAGGAAAGAGGCACGCACAAAAGAGAAAGCCAAAAACCGAAAACAGGCUCGAGAACGACGGGGUGAUCAACGAUAA